AUGUUUUGCCGCCUCAAGUCAACCCCACCCUCCUUCUUCUCUUCUCUCAAUUGCUCUUUCCACCCUGCAACUCGAUCAUUCUCAUCCACAACCGCAGCCAUGUCCGGAAACACCAAGGCCUUCUUCGAAGUUCAGUACGCCCCUGUGGGCUCCUCCACCCCCAAGGUUGGCCGUAUCAACUUCACUCUCUACGAGGGUGAUGUCCCCAAGACUGCCAAGAACUUCCGUGAGCUCUGCAAGCUCCCCGAGGGCCAGGGCUACAAGGGCUCCGGCUUCCACCGCAUCAUCCCCCAGUUCAUGCUUCAGGGUGGUGACUUCACCCGUCACAACGGUACCGGUGGUCGCUCCAUCUACGGCGAGAAGUUCCCUGAUGAGAACUUCAUCCACAAGCACACCCGCCCCGGUCUGCUCUCCAUGGCCAACGCCGGCCCUAACACCAACGGCUCCCAGUUCUUCAUCACCACCGUUGUGACCUCUUGGCUCGAUGGUAAGCACGUCGUCUUCGGCGAGGUUGCUGAUGCUGAGUCCAUGGCCGUUGUCAAGGAGAUUGAGGCCCUCGGCUCCUCCUCCGGUGCCGUUCGCUCUGCUGUCAAGCCCACCAUCAUCAACGCUGGUGAGGCUUAA